UAGGCAACCGGGCCCCAGGUGCAGACAGACCCACCAUGAGCUACUCCCCCCCCCAUCUCUGCUCACCAUGCGGACGCUGACCUGGGUCUUGUUUCUGCUACUGUGCCUCUCCUGUGGCUAUGCCUUUAUGUUUACUUCCCUGAGAGAGAAAGCCAAAGAACCCCAGGGGAAGGUGCCCUGCGGAGGGCACUUCCGGAUUAGGCAGAAUCUACCAGAGCACGCCCAAGGCUGGCUUGGGAGCAAGUGGCUCUGGCUUUUUUUUGUUGUCCUGCUGUAUGUGAUACUGAAGUUUCGAGGAGAUAGCGAGAAGAGUAAGGAGCAGAAUCCUUCUGGGCUUCGAGGCUGUUCAUUUCGCUCUCCGCUAAAGAAAAAUCAAAAUACUUCCCCCAACAAAGACUAUGCAUUCAAUACCUUAACCAAGCUCGAGGUGGACCUUGCGAAAUUUAUGUCCAACGUGCGCAACCUGAAAGUCACCAUGGCAGCUGGCGGCAGCCCCAAGUUUCAGAACUUUGAGAUGCCUGCAGAUCCUCACAAUGGCAUCACCAUCUAUGAGAUAUGGGGUGAAGAAGACUCUGAAUGAAUAGAUUUAUGUGUCAGAGUAAGAGAGAAAAAGUUGAGCACUGACAAACCCUAUGCAAACUAAUAAAACUAUUCUGAAGAAAAAGAAUUCUCAAA